UGAAGCAUCUCCUGGUUGGCUUUCUUGUCAACAAAUGGCUUUUAAACAAAAUUAAUCGUGAAAAUCGGUGUUAAUCCGUAUAAAGUUGAAAAAACCAGGGAGUUCAUUAUCCUUUCUAGCACGGCAGUAUUUACACGUCAAAGAAGGAAUCCAAAAUGGCGCUCCCAACAAACUACAAACAACAUGUACCGGUAUCGACCCCAACAACGCAACGACUGCGCCCCUCGGGAUCCGGCUCGGAAAGCCGCAAACAGGACAACUCCAACCCGUUUAUGCACAGCCCGCAUGGUAAUCCGGCUUUCACUCCGCAGAAGCUUGGCAAAUCGGCCACGACGGCCGAGGCGAAGAUCUUAAAGCCCCCGAAGGCGCCGGAGAAACCGCUUAUGCCAUAUAUGCGAUACUCGCGGAAAGUGUGGGACUCGAUUAAGGCAUCCAAUUCGGACCUGAAGCUAUGGGAAGUGGGUAAGAUUAUCGGGCAGCAAUGGCGUGAUUUACCUGAGAGCGACAAGGAAGAGUACAUUACGGAGUACGAGGCGGAGAAGGUGGAGUACGAGAAGAAUUUGAAGGCUUAUCAUAGUUCACCAGCUUAUUUGGCUUAUCUAACGGCUAAAAACAAAUCGAAGCCCGGUGGCGAUGGGGACGGGCAUGAGAAUCCGAGGUCCAGUUCAAAGGGUGGACAGCAAGAUCGUAGGAUUGAUAUUCAGCCGGCAGAGGACGAGGAAGACCAGGAUGAUGGUUAUUCGUUUAAGCAUGUUGCUUAUGCUAGGUUUUCCCGGAACCAUCGUUUGAUUAAUGAGAUAUUUUCGGAUGCAGUUGUACCGGAUGUUCGCUCGGUAGUGACUACUCAAAGAAUGCACGUUCUGAAGAGGCAGGUUCAAUCGCUAGCUAUGCAUCAGAUGAAAUUGCAACACGAACUGCAACUUAUUGAGGAGAAGUUUGAUAAUCGGAAACGUAAAUUUGUGGAAUCGAGCGAGCAGUUCCAGGAGGAACUGAAGAAACAUUGCAAGCCGGCCGUCGAUGACGAGACUUUCCAGAAGAUGGUUGAACGUCAGUAUGAGAUGUUGAAACGGGAACGUCUGCGUACCGUUGAGGAACAGCAGAAAGGUUUGCCUGGGCCAAAACCAGUGGAACAAAUCGGACAGAGCGUUGCAGUGGCGGCACCAGAAGCCGCAGUUGCUUCACCAGAAUCUCGUCCAGUGCAGGACACUCCGGAGAAGUCACCUCAAGAGGCAACUGCUGCACCCGCGAAGAAAGACGAAAAGGAAGAACAGAUGCAAAUCGAUGAGCAGCCAGUUAAACCAGUUGCACAGGUUUCCAAACAGCCAGAGGAAAUUGUUAAGGAAGCAACCGUAGAGCAUAAGCCACCACCAGCUUUAGAGCAGGCACCACCAGUUUCGGUGCCAUCCACGGUUGUUCCAACGCCGGAACCUUACCGUGCUCCGCCAGCACAGUCACCGGUCGUUCCGGAACAAAAACCAGAAAUUCCAUCGCCUGCAGUUCCAAUUGCUCCGCCACCGGCUUCUGCUGCUCCUACGCCUCCACCUCCUCCACAUCACCAUGUUCCACUGGUGCCGACUUCUGCCCCAUCAGUUUCUUAUCCAUCGAACCCACCACACAGCGCUGAAUCACACGUUCCACCUCCGAACGUAACCGUUCCCCAUCACCAGGCACCUCCUCCGCCACCACCAAAUCAUCAUAUGCCGCCGCACAUGCAACCGCACCCAGGAAUGCCAUCCCACUCGGGUUAUCCGGGAUAUCCACACGCUGGGCCCCCACGCCCAUACUAUCUCCCGAGCGGCUACGGAGCUCACCCUCAAUCCUACGGUCAGUAUGGGCACUAUCCUUACCAUCAGCAGUACGCUCCUCCUCCGCCCGGUCAGUACAUGCCAGGACCACCACGCCCCGGUCAUGGCGGACCAAUGGGCCACUACGGCGCUGAUCCGCAUGGCCAUGGUGGACCAAACAGCGAAGGUCAUCAUCCGCACUCACCAUACGGUCCGGGGCCUACUCAAGGAGGUGCUCCGCCUCCAAAUGCUGGAGCCGGAGGGCCAGCACCGGGUGGACCCCCACAACCACCGGUUGGCCCCACUUCCGGACCGCAUCCAGGAGAAAAUGAAACUCCGGAGAAGCCUGAGAAACCGGAGAAAACACCGGCCAAGAAGAAGAAAUCCAGCAAGAAGGACGCCGAGAAAAAGGCCAUUGUCCAUGACGAUUAGGAUGAUGCACAAGAACAAGUAUAUCAAUUUGACUAUUAAAUAUCUUAAUAUGCUACAUUUAAUAUAACCAUAAUUGCUAUCUCAAUGUAUUUCCUUCCUGAAUAAAUAGACCG